AUAGAAAAAAUAUUGCGUCGUUUUGGGACCGGUUGGCGAGUGCAUUCAUUCGCCGCUAUGUGUUCAAGCGGGAAAACCCAAAAACCAUUUUGAUUGGUCAAGCGGGGAUUUUGACUAAACCUCCAAUCGGUUACUUCAUCGAUCGUUCAAUCUCUAUUUCAAAUACCAAAGAGGGUAAUAUAUUAGGAUUUUCAAUCAUCCCGGGAGUUGCACUUUUUGCGGGAAGAAGAUGGGUUGGUCACAUCCUGACAUUUCUUUGGAAGAUUUGUUGAAACUGAUUAAAGGGUUUGUGGAUGUACUGAUUCUCGCAUCUGGGUAUCAAUCAUCUGGUCUUCAUGCCCACUGGGAUGCUCAUAAUAUCAGGAAAGCCUUCCAAUGGGGUCUAUUCUUUGAGAACGUGUUUAGGUGCCUGAGAAGUUUGGAAGAUUUCCAUGACUCGAUGAAGGAACUUGAUGUAGCUCUAUCUGAAAUGACAUCCAAUCCUUUCUUCCCUCAGGGUCUUGCCCAUCUGUCAUCCGUCAAUCUUAGUAGGGGAAGAACUUUUGUAUUGGAACGUCUGAUUCAUACCAUGCCACUGAGGGAUGCACAUCUCGAAGCUUUUCUCUAUGCCAUCAUUGAGAUGGAUCUUGAUGAGCUUUGUGAAGCAGAAUAUGAUUGCCUGCAUGCUUAUCUUGACAAGUUGAGGCUACUGAAUUCAUCACUAAAUCCACUUCCAGGCAGUAGGGUUUCCAUGGAAGAUUCAAUGAUUACAUCUGCAGACAUUGAUCCAAAUAGGAAGAUUGAAAAAUGCACAGAAGAUUUGGUUACAAAAUUAACCGUCCAAGAGCUGUUGAAGAGGCAGCUCACAGUGUCAUGCAUAUUGUCAGCUGAGUCUGGCUUGGGUGACCUCUCAAAAAUGAUUAGGCCCAGCCAUUGGAACGAGCCUAAUAAUCACUCAUCUAGAGAGCAAUUAACGAAUGCUGCUGACUCAUUGUGUGGAGAGCAGUGUGUUGAAUAUGUCACAUGGAGCUGCUGGAUGUCAAAGAAUCUCUCUUAUCUGCUUGGCAAGAGAAUUGUCAGAUUGGUCUCAGGUGGCAGCUUGAUAUUUUCUGCCCCUAAGACACAAUGGGUACAGGUGUUUAAGCAGAUGAAUAUUUCAUCAGAAUCUAAUGAGGAUUUCUGUGAAACUAUAGAGAUCUUGUUAUUAGGAUCUAUUGCAAGCAGGUGGAGUCAUAUAAUUGAAUAUUUCAUGUCAAUUUCUUUUGAUUCCCUUGCCAUCUCAAGGAGAUAUCUUGAAGUGCGCAACAUACUCACUGAGAGACGCCAAAGCUCCCAUUGUAAAGAGGGUACCGUGAAUUCAAAGGAAUGUGGCAUACUAGAAUAUCUGACAAUAUUGUUGGAUGGUCAAUGUCAUCAGCUUUGGAAGCUAUCCCCUGUCCUUGUAGCAGUUGCAAUUCCAUCAUGGUCUCCCUUAUUUGGAUUGUAUUUAAGUGAAAUAGAGAAUCAACUCAAAGGAGAAGCCUUAACAAUUAGAUGCUGCACUUGUACUCAAGAUAUGAAAGAGCACAAAGAAUGUGAACUUGCUGAGAGGAUUUGGUGUCUACAUGUUUUUCAUGUCUGUGGCUCCCAGAAAAUGCUCAGUGUUGGUACUGCUUGACAGUAGAGAAUUACCAU